AAGUGGAGACUCACAGCAGGAAGAUCUUGUUCAAGGCUGUAAGAGAUUGGAGCAACAUCCGCUGCUUUAUAAUAGCAGGUUGGGUGAUCAAGCAGUAGUGCAGCUCUGACAGCCAGUGGAAACCCAGGUGUGGCCAUGGCUCAGCAAGCGCAGGGCCAGUCGAGGCGUUUCACCACCAUGGAUGUUGAUGAGGAGGAGAACAUGAGUUCAUGCAGCACCGACGUAAAGGAAAACCGCAACCUGGACAACGUCUCUUCUAAGGAGGGAGCUGGCCUGGUGGAGCAGCUCCCUAAUGGUAGUGGAGGAGGGGGUCGCAAGCGGCCCCUGGAGGAGGGCAACAAUGGUCACGCACACUCCAAAUUCAGACCCAAGAAACGUAAGAAAACACUAGGGCCGGUUCUGCCCAAGAACGCCCUGAUGCAGCUGAAUGAGAUCAAACCGGGUUUGCAGUACAAGCUGCUCUCGCAGACCGGCCCGGUCCAUGCGCCGGUCUUCGUCAUGACCGUUGAGGUUAACGGUCAGUUGUUCGAGGGCUCGGGGCCUACGAAGAAAAAGGCCAAGUUGAACGCCGCCGAGAAGGCGCUGCGCUCCUUUGUGCAGUUCCCAAACGCGUCCGAGGCGCACCUGGCCAUGGGCCGUACGCUCACCGUCAACACGGAUUUCACCUCCGACCAGGCUGACUUCCCUGACAUGCUCUUCAACGGGUUUGAGACGCCGGCAUCGUCCGAGGAAACGUUUUUUCUGGGCUCCAACAGCAACGGCUCCUUAAAACCGCUGGGAGAGUAUCCCGUGCCCCAGGCGCUAGGUGCGAACAGCCUUAUGCAGGCGCCAUUGCCGCCGCCCUCCUCCUUCACCUCCUCGACCAGCGGCAAAAACCCUGUCAUGAUUCUCAACGAGCUGCGGCCGGGCCUCAAAUACGAGUUUGUGUCGGAGAGCGGGGAGAGCCACGCUAAGAACUUUGUGAUGUCGGUGACCGUGGACUCGCAGACGUUUGAGGGCUCAGGCCGAAAUAAGAAACUUGCUAAAGCUCGGGCUGCCCAAGCCGCUCUGUCAGCGCUCUUCAACAUGCAACUGGACCAGACCCCAUCACGCCAACCCAUCCCGAGAGAGGGGCUACAGCUGCACCUGCCUCAAGUCCUUGCAGAUGCUGUUUCUCGUCUGGUAGUGGACAAAUUCAGCGAGCUCACUGACAACUUCACGUCUCCACACGCACGACGGAAAGUUCUGGCUGGUGUUGUCAUGACAACAGGCACUGAUGUCAAGGACGCUCAGGUCAUCUGCGUCUCCACGGGAACCAAGUGUAUAAACGGCGAGUAUAUGAGCGACCGUGGCCUGGCGCUCAACGACUGUCACGCUGAAAUCAUUGCUCGUCGCUCCCUGAUUAGGUAUCUCUACAUGCAGCUGGAGCACUUCUUAAGUAACAAUAAAGAGGAGCAUCAAAAGUCCAUAUUCACGCAGUGUGACAAACGUGGCUACCGGCUGAAAGACAAUGUCCAGUUUCAUCUUUACAUCAGCACAUCGCCUUGCGGAGACGCCCGGAUCUUCUCUCCACACGAGGCGGGUGUAGAGGACCAAGGAGACAGACACCCAAACAGGAAGGCAAGGGGUCAACUGAGGACCAAGAUCGAGUCUGGAGAGGGAACCAUCCCGGUGCGCUCUAGUAACACCAUACAGACGUGGGACGGAGUUCUGCAGGGCGAGAGGCUGCUUACGAUGUCAUGCAGUGACAAAAUCGCAAGGUGGAACGUGGUGGGCAUCCAGGGCUCUCUGAUGAGCUACUUCACUGAGCCCAUCUACUUCUCCAGCAUCAUCCUGGGCAGCCUGUAUCACGCUGAUCAUCUCUCCAGAGCCAUGUACCAGCGGAUCGCUGACAUCGAAGACCUGCCCCAGCAAUUCUCCCUCAACCGCCCUCUGCUCAGCGGAAUCAGUAACGCUGAGGCCCGGCAGCCGGGAAAGGCUCCUAACUUCAGUGUGAACUGGACGGUGGGAGAUCAGGCUCUAGAAGUCAUUAACGCCACCACAGGCAAGGAUGACAUGGGCAGAGCCUCACGUCUCUGUAAGCACGCCCUAUACAGCCGCUGGGUUCGACUACACUCUAAGCUUUCAUCAACUCUGCUAAUCAAAGUGCCCAAGCCCAGCUCGUACCACGAAGCCAAACAAGCAGUGUUGGAGUACCAUACGGCCAAGCAAACGCUCAUCAAGGCCUUUCACAAAGCGGGCUUGGGCGCCUGGGUGAAAAAACCCAUAGAACAGGACCAGUUCUCGCUGAACUCUUGAAAAGGGAACAUAAAAAGACCAGGACAUGACAACAACCAGCUGUUAAUACUUCACUUGAUGUGAGGGGAUGUGUGUGUGUGUGUGUGUGUGUGUGUGUGUGUGUGUGUGUGUGUGUGUGUGUGAUGCUGUUUGUUCUCAGACAAACCAAGAGCCCUUUACUGUCUGUCAUUUUGCUCUCUUUGUGUGAAUCAUGACACUGCCUUUUUAAUUUGUAAUGUAGAAGCAGACUGUCAUCUAACGUAUGUUUGUUUUUAGUUAGCGGCAUUAGCCUUUAGCAGAUAACAGGACGUAAUGUCAUUUGUAACUGGAAAAAUUUUCUUUUUAUUAUUUCUUUUUUUGUGAGAGAGGGUUGUUCCGACAAAGCCUUGAUGCCGUAAACGUGCAUGUUACGUGGCUUCAGGUCGACCACACCGCUGUGCGCACGGGUCUGAAGGUUUCCUGGUCCAGCCUACCAAAAUGCUGGCUCACCUUUUUGAGCAUGGUUCUCCUUGAUAUGCAAAACAUAAGCAUAUUUAUAUUUUUUAUUCCAUUGCCUCCAGAUUUUAGAAGGGGAAGAAAUUCUAUCACAUAGAUCAUAACUAUACAGCAUGGUCCCUUUAGAUAGACAAACUUAUUUUGUCAGGACUUUAGUGUAGAAUUAGCGUAUGCCGUCUUUCUAGUCAAAAUAGAUUUCAGAUUUGAAUUUAACCUCAGAGGGAAACUUUAAUUUUUGCAAAUGGUUCCUUGAGAGCUAUGUAAGCUGUAUUCCCAAACGGUUAUUUUAAUUGGAAGAUGGAGUAGUUUCAUGGAUGCAACCAAAGUGCAUUGACGUUAUUAAACAAUGUGUCGUGGCUGUUUAAAUUUCUCAGAGGUCUUAAAUGCAUGUGCGAAUUACAUAAGGCUCACAAAGAAUGCCCUUUAUUCUGGGUUAAAUACUUUACUGGCCUAUAAUGCAGCAUUUUAGAAGCCCUACUUUUUAGGUGUCUGCACUAUAUUGACUUUAAGCUGCAUGGAGUCCAUUGGAUCACUCAAACCAAAUGGCAGAUUUCCCAGUGAACCUGAUCUGCUAAUGUGAUCGAGUUAUGUAAAAGGAAUAGUUCAUCCAAAUAUGAAAAUUCACCCUUAUUUUGUUCCAAGCUCCAUAGGACUUCCAAAUUGUCUAAAGCUUCGCAUGAGGAAGAGACCAAACCCAGAAUCAUUAUGAAUUUGAAUGUUGGUGAGUCUAUUUCUGGUUGAACUCUUCCUUCAACAUUCAAGCUGCAUUUAGUCACUGCAGGUUUGAGAGCAGGGCAUCAUGGGAGUUCUUCAAGAUGGCAGAAUGGUCUGAAAAAUGCACGUUUAUUAUUGACAAAAGUCAUCUCUGCAUGCGGAAGCAAGAGUUUGCAGAGGCGACUCUGACUUUUACUUUAUCCUUGCGUCUUGUUUGAGGAUUUUUUUAUUUCCUGCAUAGACCUGAAUGCCUACAUUCCUCCUCAGAGACGCUUCUGUAAGACUGAAUUCAGCUGUGUCCUUGAGGAUGAGGUUUCCCCUCUGCAGACUUGUGCUGUAGGAA